CUCUCUCUCUCUCUUUCUCUCUCCCUCUCUCUUUAUUAAUUGAUGGAAGAAAAUAUUGUCAUGGAGGAAAGUAAUAGAAUCCAAACCAGAAGAUCGAGUCGUUCUACCCGCUCAGCCUCUCCAGUCAUGGCAGUGACGGUCACGACGGCGGAAGAAGUGAGUUCUCCUGUUUCUUCUGUGGGGGAAGGGACUAUUAGUACGACACUUAAUGAGGGCCGUGUUACGCGGUCUCAAUCUGUAGAAUCCAGUGGUUAUGAAACAGCAGACUCUAGAAAACGAAAGCGAAAGGCUAAAACUACAAACUCUCAACAUAAAAAGAGAGCCGACUCCUAUCAACCUUCCAGUCACACUCUUAAAAGCGUCAACAAUAACAAUAAUCCUGCUGCUCUCUCCACCUCUUCUAAGCAAUCUACCGGUACCGGCGGCGAAGAUAUUGAGCGUGAAACUCGAACUUCCACGCAGAGAGUAUCUAAAGAGGCCAGAGAUGCAAAGAAAGCACAAAGAGACAUUAUCAUUCGAGAGAGGCUCAAUGAAUUAGAUAAACUGGAGAAGGCUGUUAAGGACGGAUCGCACUCUGAAUAUCACAAAUUGCUCUCUGAUAUUGAGCAAAAAAGAACAAAAAUGUUAUUUGUAGCUGAAAUGCGUCGAUCUCUUGCAGAAGGAAAUGUAGUGAAUUUCUUCAAUGCUCAAAAGAAUGCAGCCUAUUCACAAUACUAUGUACGUUUUGUCACACCUAACAAAAAAACUUUUUUUUUUAUAACGCUAUUUUCUACAGUGGGACAAAUUAGCUCUCCGAAGAUCCAUGAUUCAACAUGUGCAACAUAAAAUUAAUACAUUGGAGCAAGAAUAUUACUCUAAUCAUGUGCAAAGCUCCUUGGAUGACGAACACUUGUCCGAAUGGGUU